UGACGGCGUCAAAGACACGAAGAAGAAUUAGCAAGGAAAAGCGGAAGUGAAGCUGAGCUACAACAACAACCGCCGCUGAAAAUGACCACUGCGGCUCUGACUGCAGGUCUGGAGCGGAUCCCGGAUCAGCUCGGUUACCUGGUCAUCAGUGAGGACGGAGUUCUGGCUUCCGCAGGUGAGCUGGAGAACGACGAGCACACGGCAGGUGUGAUGAUGGAGAUGGUUCGGACAGCAAGUCGAUUCAGGUUACAGGGAUCAGCUGACCCCGCCUUUAAACGCAUGUCUGUGAUUCUGGACGACUUUGUCUACACGGUGACCGUCUCGGGGCAGAAGGUUUUCGUGGUCAAGCGACAGAACAAUCCGCAUGAGCCACUCAGUGUUUAAUGUUGGGAGGUUGUCGUCAUGGUGACCUGAUCUGUUUGUGUUCAAUGUUAUUUUUGUGUGAAUAAAAUGAUGUACCAAGUUUU